GCUUGUCGAGAUCCCGGAAACUUAAAACUCUCGACGCACCUACUCCUACCAGAUUAGUGUAGCAACCAUGAUGAUGGCCAGGAGUGCGGUGGCGAAAAAGAAGAGCAGGUCGGCGCUCGCCGUUGCUCUUCCUCGUGAGCUCCUCGUCGACAUCGUUGGGAUCCUGGCGGCAAGUUCUCCGCAGCCCAUGGCUGACCUCUGCAACCUACGAUCAACUUGCAAGGACAUGUACGGCGCGUGUAAGGAACGCCACGUCGGCAGACGCUUGGCAAUGGAGAAGGAGAGGGGAAUGAAGUGGCGGGACACCGUCGCCUAUUUCGCCAUGCUGAAGAACCUGGCCGACGCCGGCAACCCGGAGGCCUGCUUCACCCUCGGCCUCACGCUCGUCCUCGCGCGACACAACGAGCAGCAGGGCCUCGCGUGCCUCGAACAGGCGGCGGCCGGCGGCCACAAGACGGCGGCGUACGUGCUCGGCAUGCUCCUCUACACGCUCAAGGACAGGCGAGACGUCGCCAAGCGCUACAUCGGCCAGGUCGAGGGCGACCUGAUGCGCAAGGUCGCCACCGAGAAGACAAACCGGGAGUGCACGAAGUACCGACAGCUCGCCGUGAACGCCGUCCGAGAGGUGGCAUGGAAGGGGAUGGAGAACGGCGGGCAGUCGGGACUCGUGCCAGAGGAGGAAUACCGGUGCACGAACGCCCGCUGCGGCGUGCCAGAGGACUGGGCGGACUACGACGUCUUCUGCGGCGAUGAUUGCAGGAUUAGGCAUGAGUGUGUCCAAUUCUUUGGUCAGGUGUCAAGAUAUACUACCUUAACAAUACAGUUCUAGAGACAGAAAUGUGUCUGAAGGCCGGGGUUUGAAACGAUGACGAUUUCGUUUCUAUGAAAGAUGUAAAUUGUGUAGCCAAUAUCAUGGCAAAGGAAUUGAAGAAAAAUUGUACUUUCAGA